UCCGGAGUGGCCUGUUAUUAUUUUAUGUAGCAGGUGAAAUAUCGGUCUCCCUCCAGUCUGACAAAAUGAAUAUGUAUGCUGUGCCCAGCCCGGGAAUACCCGGCUGUCCACCAGGACUAGAAUACCUGACUCAAGUGGAUCAGCUGCUCAUCAAACAAAAAGUUGAGGUUGUUGAAGCCCUUGUUGGUUUCGAAAGCAACAACAAGUAUGAAGUCCGUAACGUCAUGGGUCAGAAUGUGUUCUACGCUGUCGAGGAGAACGACUGCCUGAGUCGACAGUGCUGUGGUCCCAUGCGCUCCUUCACCAUCCACGUCCUCGACAAUUUCGGACAAGAGAUCAUCACCGUCACCAGACCACUUAAGUGCAUGUCUUGCUUCUUCCCUUGCUGUUUGCAAGAGCUGGAGGUGCAGGCUCCCCCCGGUAACACAGUGGGGUACGUUGUGCAGCAGUGGCACCCAUUCUCCCCUAAAUUCAUCGUUGCAAACGAACACUGUGAGCCUGUACUGAAGAUCCAUGGGCCCUUCUGUGGGUGGAGCUGCCUUCCAGAUGUUGACUUUGAGAUUUUGACACUGGACGAAGUCAGCAAGAUUGGGAAAAUCAGUAAGCAAUGGACCGGACUUCUGCGGGAAGCGUUCACAGAUUCAGACAACUUUGGUAUCCAGUUCCCCAUGGAUCUGGAUGUGAGAAUGAAGGCUGUAAUGAUCGGUGCAUGUUUCCUCAUUGAUUUCAUGUUCUUUGAGAGUACUAACUAGGAGCCGAAAUGGAUUUCCAUGAAAGCAUUCAACAUUCCUGGAAGAACAAGGCCACAAAGCCACAAUGAUCAGUCCAAAAAGCCCUAACACAGAACAACCUUCAAACGGAUAGUUUAAAGAAAGUACCAGGAGUUACCUAAGUGUUAUAAUUUUGCAUGAACAAUGAAAUAGAAGGUUUGUUUUAGUCUUAGCUGCUCAGGUUGGUUGUUAAAACAUGGGCUGUGAGUGUCUUUUCUUACUACUAAAAAAAAACUUGAAUAGAAUGAUAACAUUCAUAUACAAGUGACUGAAGAGGAAACACUAUUACAGACAAGUGCUAUUAUUCAGUUUGUGAAAGAAGGAUUACUGUCAUUAUAGUUUGGAUGCAAAGACGGUCAACCUUGUGUAGUUUGGUCGUAUUAAUAGUCAAGAUGUUAAUUUAUAGAGAAAACUAUGUUUUUAGCUAUAUUGUGUGAGACCUGAAGGACUCAUGUAAUAUAGUAGAUUGUAGUCUAGAUAUUCAACUCCCUUAUUUAUUUAUUUAUUUUGUCUGUUUAGCACUUUGUCAACAUAGAGCAACGUGUGCGCGCACAGCUUUGUGUAUGUGUAUGUGUGCUAUGAGUGUACUUCUGUGUGUAAACGGAAACAUAAAGUAUCACAGGAUACAAAGUAUAUUUACAAUGCCAUAAUAAUUAUGCAUUGUCAACUAAGUAGGUUUUUUUUUUAUUUGGGAAUGGACAGGUUACAGCUGUGUGCUGUACCAGUCUUGUCCACAAGAGGGAGCUAGCUUGUUGUGUAAGAAUAACCCAACACAGCCUAAAUGAACAAACUCAAUACUUGCUUAUGCCAUAGGUUUUUAUUCAAAUAUCAGUGUCUGAUGACAUGGUUUAUUUUUGGACAAACUCAGGUUGAAAUGCAUGCUACUGUAAUAUAGUGUUGGCUGCUGCUGGCUACAGGAAUUACGCAUCUGCGCCUAAUACUAUCAAUGUUUGAGAGGAGGUUUUAUACAUUAAAUCAUCUAAAUAUACAUGUCAUAUGUCAGAUUUGCUUGAAUAUCCUGCUAUCAACUUUAAUUUUGAUCUUUUCCACUGUUACAUUACACAUGUGACAGCUCUGCACAUAUCAAAAAGUCAGAUAAAACCUUCCAUCAAAUGGCCAUUGAUACUGCAGUGCACCCUGCAUCAUUGUAAAAUUGAUUUAAAGAGAAUGGCAAUCUGAUCAUUGUAGCAAAGAUAUUAUUUAUGUGCUACAUAAACAUUAAGGCCAUUAACAUUUUUUUGUAGCAUGAUAAAGUUUUCUCCACAUGAGACUCUGGAAAACUGCUAAAAACACCCAUCUUAAGUCAUUUUAACAGGUAUCAAGCAUAAAGGCUUUUAUUUUUGUAUAGAGUAUUAUAAACUGACAGCUGGGAGACCUGGCUAAGAGAUUUUCUUGUGUUGCCAGUGUUAUUUUUCGGCCUUCAAUGUAAUGACACUUGUUUGUACAAUUACAAGUGUAUUUGUCUUUCAGAGCAGCAUUUUUUAAGAUCAAUUUUUAAGACAAACAACAUGAUUAAGUACUUAAGAUGGAUGUUUUUGCAGUCUGUUCUGAUUUCAUGGAUUAAGUUGUUGAGAAAAUACUCAAUUUAUGUACAUUUUAAUUAUAUUCUUGCCAUUAACUAGCCUGAUCAUUUGGCAUGUCAUGUUGAGUAGAAUGCAUCAAUAGUAUAAGAUUGCUGCUACUACAUCCUCUGAAGCCUCUUUGAUUGUGUUUAAAAGCCAAAAAUUUAAGUCAGAAUGUGAUACAAAGGGAAUUCAGCUAUUUCUAGUCAGUCAUAUGAGAAACAGUUAAAAUACUUAUUCUUCUACUUUUGCACUAAUACUGUGAACUGAUUAACCAUUUAGUCAUGCAAUGAAUGCAACCUAACUCUGUGAGCUAAGCUUAAAUUGUGCAAACAGUCAAUGGAAAC